AUGUGGAGGCGUACAUGUCUUUUUCUUUUCUCGUCGGGAUUCAGGAGACAGUCACAGAAUGUUGUACGGCAUACAUGUCUGUUUCGCGCGCAGUACGGAAUUAGUGUGAGGUUGAGUGAGGGGGCACCGUUAAGACUUCUCAGCACCUCCACAUCGGUGCCUGUUUGGCAGUGCCUCGUUGAGAGCAUUCAAGAAUUGGCCGAGAAGGCAGAUGACGUGGAGUCAUGGUGGCGAUUUUGUCGGCUAUGGCGAAUGCACUUCCCGCAGGCAGCAGCGGAUGCUCUUCCUUUGCUGUUGGAGAAAGAGCUUCUCGUGCAUGGCGAGCAGAAUGAGACUGGUAAACAGGAGAAGGAAAGCAACAUCAUGGAGCGUGUCCCGCGUGACUUACAAUGUCUUCCAGUUUUUCUGCAAGCAUUGUGUACGGCGGUGCAGUUAGGGGAGACACGAUUACAGCUGUCUUUUCCAACCACGAGAGACGACGCAAGUACAGAGGGGAACGCAAUGCUUGUUUCUGUCCUUGCGGAGCUUCGUGCUGUAGUUUUCUAUCUGGCUCAAGAGCGUUUGACACACACCCUUUACGCGGUGCAUGAUCGCCUGGCGGAGACCACCCAUGCAAAGAAUGAAAACAGUAGAAAAGAUAUUGUGCUGAACGCUGUGUCCUCUUCCUCUCGUGAUGGUGAACGCGUGGGUCAGAUGGGUGUACGGCUUACACCGGAAGAGCUGCAGCAGGCUUUAGUACUGGCCGAUGCAAGUGCUGCGGUGUUGUCAAUUGGUCCGCCGGUAACGCUCUUGCCAUCCCUGUACCGUCUGCUUCUCCCCGCACUGGGCGCAUGCGAACAAUUGGAGAACCAUCGGCUUGGAGCACUUGCCAUCGCCGUUGCUCGCAGCGCGGAUUUCGAUGACCCCAAUGGCGACAAAGAUAAUUUUUUGUUGACUACCACUACGGCAGUUGAUUGCCCCAGCAGCGGAGAUUUGAGACCAAUCAUGACGUGCUACACAGUCCUGUCGCAUCUGCAUGCUGUCGCCCGCGCGUUGGAGGUGCGGAUGCGGGAGUCCAUGCAACGAUUUAAGUCAAAAGGGAUGAAUCCUGCUGGUACAUCCAUUCGUCAGGCACAGCUGCGACUUCUUUCCCUGAAGGAGCGUAAGGAGUUGGAGAAGCAGCGCGAGUUGGAGUCUGAGAGUGUUGUUAGCGAUGCUGCUGGUACGAAGCUGUUAGAGACCGUGGGAAUAGUGUGUAGUGCUCUCGCCGCGCGGCGUUACACCGAUGAUCGUUUCUGGAAAGCUGUGACCGACUACACGGUUGCUUCUCUGCAAACGUCGGUCAACUCCUUUCCCACUUCAACGUCUUACCCUCAUCUCUUAGAGGUUGUGCGUGAUAUUUUGUUUGCACUGGACCAUGUUCAUCACAAGGCCUACUUUGACUGUGUGAUGUCACUCUUGGUGAAGUUGCAUCUCCUGCAGGAACCGAUUCCGCCCCCGUCGGCGGUACGAAACGCCAUGAAGGCAGUGAAGGGGCAGACCGCCGCCACGCUCGGUCGGUAA